UUGGUCAUUUUCCUCUACCCAAAUUCGCUAAAUUUCUCUAUCACCUCCAAAACAAAACAAAAUCCCCCAUAAUUGUCUUCCUACCCGAAACACCAUUUAGAUAUACACAACCCCCACCGCCUACGCCGCCCAUAUUCCGGCCAAAAUGAGAACCCAGGACCCCUUUUCCGGCGUCGAAACCGCUUCGGUGAACGACACAAAGACCAAAGAAGGAGGAGAAGAAGAAAAGAAGAAACCCAAAACAGUUCCGUUUCUUAAACUCUUUGCAUUCGCGGACGCUUACGAUUACUUGCUAAUGUUUGUUGGGUCCGUGGGUGCUUGUAUUCACGGCGCUUCAGUUCCGGUUUUCUUCAUUUUCUUUGGGAAGCUAAUAAACAUCAUUGGAAUGGCUUAUCUCUUCCCUAGAGAAGCUUCUCAUAGAGUUGCCAAGUAUUCGUUGGACUUCGUAUAUCUUAGUGUGGUUAUAUUAUUUUCAUCAUGGGCCGAGGUGGCAUGUUGGAUGCAUAGUGGGGAAAGACAAGCAGCAAAGAUGCGGAUGGCAUAUCUGAGGUCAAUGUUGAAUCAAGACAUCAGUCUUUUUGACACUGAGGCUUCUACCGGUGAAGUCAUUGCUGCGAUUACUAGUAACAUUAUUAUCGUUCAAGAUGCCAUUUCUGAAAAGGUGGGAAACUUCAUGCACUACAUAAGCAGAUUCAUAGCAGGAUUCGCAAUUGGAUUCAUUAGAGUGUGGCAAAUUAGUCUGGUGACACUUUCUAUCGUACCCCUAAUCGCCAUUGCUGGUGGCGUCUACGCCUUUGUAGCCACUGGUCUCAUUGCCAGUGUCCGUAAAUCCUACGUCAAGGCCGGAGAAAUUGCCGAAGAGGUGAUUGGUAAUGUGAGAACAGUCCAGGCAUUUGCUGGGGAGGAAAAGGUAGUCAGAUCCUACAGAACAGCGCUUGUGAAUACUUACACGUACGGGAGGAAAGCAGGGCUAGCCAAGGGUUUGGGACUAGGAACAAUGCACUGUAUCCUUUUCCUUUCAUGGGCAUUGCUUGUUUGGUACACCAGCGUAACAGUUCACAAGGGCAUUGCCAAUGGAGGAGAGUCUUUCACUACUAUGCUCAAUGUCGUCAUCGCCGGACUGUCACUAGGACAGGCAGCACCAGACAUCUCAGCAUUCAUCCGAGCAAAAGCAGCUGCAUAUCCCAUAUUUGAGAUGAUAGAGAGAAACGCAGUAAGCAAAACGAGCUCAAAAAAUGACAGGAAACUGGGCAAACUUGAAGGCCAUAUCCAGUUCAAGGACGUGUGUUUUAGCUACCCAUCUCGUCCUGAUGUUAUGAUAUUCGAUAAGCUCUGUCUUGAUAUACCUCCAGGGAAGAUCGUAGCCCUUGUCGGAGGAAGUGGGUCCGGAAAGAGCACGAUCGUCUCUUUGCUUGAACGCUUUUAUGAGCCCUUAUCCGGACAGAUACUAUUAGAUGGGGUUGAUAUUAGGGAGUUUGACAUCAAGUGGCUCAGGCAACAGAUUGGGUUGGUUAAUCAAGAGCCUGCACUUUUUGCAACAACCAUUAGAGAGAACAUUCUCUAUGGGAAAGAUGAUGCCACCCUCGAAGAAAUUAGCCGUGCUGCAAAACUUUCCGAGGCAAUGUCCUUCAUCAACAACCUUCCUGAUAGAUUUGAAACUCAGGUGGGUGAAAGGGGAAUACAAUUAUCAGGUGGACAGAAGCAGAGAAUUGCAAUAUCAAGGGCAAUAGUAAAGAAUCCUUCAAUUCUUCUACUGGAUGAAGCUACAAGUGCACUUGAUGCGGAGUCCGAGAAGAGUGUGCAGGAGGCACUUGAUCGUGUGAUGGUAGGACGGACAACUGUAGUUGUGGCCCACAGACUUUCUACCAUAAGGAAUGCAGAUGUAAUAGCUGUUGUAGAAGGUGGGAAGAUAGUGGAAACUGGGAGUCACGACGAACUCAUUUCAAAACCCAAUAGUGCUUAUGCGGCACUUGUUCAACUCCAAGAGGCAGCUUCCUCCCAUCGCCUCCCUUCACGUGGGCCUACUUUGGGAAGGCCACUCAGCAUUAAGUUUUCUCGUGAACUAUCCCGCACAAGCAGCCAUGGUACAAGUUUUCAGUCUGACAGAUUAUCUGUUGGCCGAAUGGGAGCUGAUGGAGCAGAGAUGGUCAGGCCACCACACGUGUCUAGUCGAAGAUUGUUUUCCAUGGUGGGUCCUGACUGGAUUUACGGGGUUAUUGGCACAAUUUGUGCACUUAUGGCUGGAUCCCAGUUUCCGCUUUUUGCCCUUGGUGUCACUCAGGCUCUUGUAUCGUAUUACAUGGACUGGGAAACAACACAACGUGAAGUUAAGAAGAUUGCAAUCCUCUUUUGUUGUGGUGCUGCUAUAACUCUUAUUGUCAAUACCAUCACACAUCUAUGUUUUGGAAUCAUGGGAGAGCGGCUUACUCUUCGUGUGCGAGAAAGGAUGUUUUCAGCUAUUUUGAGAAACGAAAUUGGGUGGUUUGACGACACAAACAACACAAGUUUCAUGCUUGCAUCUCGUUUAGAGAGUGAUGCAACCUUAUUGCGAACAGUGGUUGUUGAUCGCUCUUCAAUUCUCCUACUUAACAUUGGUUUGGCUGUGACCUCAUUCGUCAUCGCCUUCAUCUUGAACUGGAGGCUCACGCUUGUUGUCAUGGCAACAUAUCCAUUGAUCAUUAGUGGCCACAUCAGCGAGAAAAUGUUCAUGCAAGGGUAUGGUGGCAACUUGAGCAAAGCCUAUCUGAAAGCGAACAUGCUUGCCGGUGAGGCUGUGAGUAAUAUCCGUACAGUGGCUGCAUUCUGCUCUGAAGAGAAGGUCCUUGAACUCUAUGCUCUAGAACUUGUUGAGCCUUCAAGGCGUUCGUUUACUCGUGGUCAGAUUGCUGGCUUAUUCUAUGGAAUCUCUCAAUUCUUCAUCUUCUCAGCCUAUGGCCUUGCUUUAUGGUAUGGUUCUGUUUUGAUGGGAAAGGGCCUUUCCAGCUUUAAAUCUGUCAUGAAAUCAUUUAUGGUUUUGAUAGUAACAGCAUUAGCUAUGGGUGAGAUUUUAGCAAUGGCACCAGACCUUCUAAAAGGAAACCAAAUGGUAGCAUCAGUCUUUGAGAUUAUUGACAGGAAGACAGAGGUAACAGGCGACACUGGAGAAGAUCUACGAAGGGUAGAGGGUACUAUCGAGCUGAAGGGUGUCCGAUUUAGCUACCCUUCAAGGCCUGAUGCACCAAUCUUCAAGGAUUUCAAUCUAAGAGUGCGUGCAGGGCAGAGUAUGGCAUUAGUGGGCCAGAGCGGGUCCGGUAAAAGCUCUGUGAUCUCUCUCAUUUUACGGUUUUAUGAUCCAACAGCCGGGAAAGUGUUGAUCGAUGGGAAAGAUAUCAAGAAGCUCAAGCUCAAAUCUCUUAGAAAACACAUUGGCCUAGUCCAACAAGAGCCGGCUCUCUUUGCAACAUCAAUCUACGAAAACAUCCUCUUCGGAAAAGGGGGAGCCUUAGAAGCAGAAGUAAUCGAAGCAGCAAAACUUGCAAACGCGCAUGAUUUUAUCAGUGCCCUUCCAGAGGGAUACUCCACUAAAGUUGGAGAGCGAGGAGUCCAACUAUCCGGAGGCCAGAAACAAAGGGUAGCCAUUGCUCGUGCUGUUUUGAAAAAUCCUGCAAUCUUGCUACUAGACGAAGCCACGAGUGCGCUAGACGUCGAGUCGGAGCGAGUGGUUCAACAAGCAUUGGACCGGUUGAUGAAAAAUCGAACUACAGUCGUGGUGGCACAUCGGCUGUCCACCAUAAAAAACGCGGACCAGAUAUCGGUUUUACAAAACGGGAAGAUCAUAGAGCAAGGGACUCAUUCCAGUCUUAUAGAGAACAAAGAUGGGGCAUACUUUAAGUUAAUCAACUUACAGCAGCAGCAACAAGAAGAAGACCAGAAUUAGCUGCUUUGUUUACUAGUAACUAUAGAAUACAUUUUUUUACAGCUUUUAUUUGUUUUUUUUGGUUUUCCAUUAUUUGUUUAUAACGGCACAAUAAUUUUAUAUGUUGGGAAAUUUUUUUCAUUGUA